GGAUCGAAGGCGUCGCGUUGAGCUCCGAGCGAGGGCGGAGGGGACGCGGAGGACUCUGAUCCCGCGGGAAGUGUUCCUCCGCGUGGGAUUGGGGGGGUCUGGAGGUGCCUUCCAGGGGGGUCCCCACGAUGGAGGAGGAGGAGGAGGAGGAGUGGCUGCUGCUGUCGCUGCGCCUGUAUGAGGAUCUGCACAGCUUCGAACUGCAAACACCGACCCGAGUGCUGGAGUGGGGCCCGGAGACCAGCCUCUGCAUCGCCGGGUAUGGACCUCCUGGUGGGAACAAUGAGGUCCUUCAGCUUCUGCCGCCACCACCGCUGCAGGCGACGGAGGCCCAGGGCCUCUGUCCCGAGAGAGAUUUCAAGGUGGAACGUGGUGGCUUCUCUGACCGCCCCAUCUACAACCUGAAACACGUCCCCAACACCAGCUUGUUGGUGACGAGUGGUCCACCUGACGGCUCCGUCCAGCUCUGGCAGCUCUCCGGAGAGGACUCUGACGUUAUUAAAGCCGUGGGUUCCAUUCCGGCAGAAGAAGGCUUUGGAGAGCUUUGGGCUAAAAUCGCAACGGCCUCGGCCACCGCUCCGUGGGUCCUUCACGGCUCCCGACUCGACAGUGUCCGCAUUACGGAGGUGGAGUCGAGGAGCAGUGUCUACGCGGCAGCCUCCAACAGCAGCAGCGCCGAGCUCAGCGCUUUGGCCUUCCUGGACACCACCACGGUGGUCCUCUGCUGCGCCGCGGGGCAGCUCUGCCUGGCCGACACGCGGCAGCCACCGCGUCCCCUGGAGGUCACAUCCAUCCCCGCGGCGACGAGUGGGGAGCGGUGGGGUAUGGCAGUGAGAUGUGGACCUCAAGGCUCCAACGGGAGCUCCCAGCCCAUCGCUCGCCUCUCCAGUGGAGGACACCUCGUCCUCACGGACCUGAGGAGAAGCUCGGAGCCGUUGGCCGUGGUGAAGUGUAAGGUUCCGUCACCCAAGACCGGAGCGGAGUUCCUCUGCGUCUCCUGGGCUCCUGCGCUGGAAAACUGCAUCGCCGUGUCGGGCUUGGAUGGGUCCGUGCGCGUCUACGCGACGCAGGGCUGGGACGGCUCCGGGCGGGAAGCGGAGCCGCUCUUCGUUCACAAAGGCCGCGCGUUCGGAGCGUGGGACGGAGCAGAAGACCCUCCUUUGGUCACCGUCCACGCGUGGCAUCCGCAGAAACCCCGGACGGUGCUGUCGGCGGCCACCGACGGCUCCUUGGACGUCUGGGACUGGGUCCGACCCCGGGAGCGGUGGGAAGGGCACGCGUAGGGUGAGGACACGGAAUCAUGGAAGCACGGAAGACCUUGGGUUGGGUUGAGAACCUUUGGGUCCCACCAUGAACCUUUGGGUCUCACCAUGAACCUUUGGGUCCCACCAUGAACCUUUGGGUCUCACC